GACAGCUCAACAGGCUCCCAGACGGCCCAAGACGCGCCCAAGAUGGCCCAAAAAGGCCCCUCCGUAGCCAUUUUGGCCCAAGCCCUGGCUUCAAGGUGCUACCAUGGCUGCGCCGAGUAGCCGUCUUCUGCCUGGUUUCGCACGUGGUCUCUUCCAGAUCCCUGCCGAUGUUUGCUAUCUCAACGCUGCGUUUUUGGGCCCUCAGCUGAAAUCUUCCACCGUGGCCGCCGAUGCGGCUGUGCGUCGCAAGGCCACUCCGUGGGAGCUGGGCAAGGCCGAUUUCUACUCUGACGCGGAGCGCGCGCGUGAGCUUUUCGCAUCGCUCGUAGGCGCUCGGCCUUGUGACAUUGCUUUGGUGCCCAGCGCGUCGUAUGGCGCAGCGACAGCAGCAGCCAACCUGCUUCCCCAUGUGAGUCGCACUCAGAACCUUGUUACCUUGGCGCGAGAGCAUACGUCGAACCGCUUUGUCUGGCAGUGCGCGUCUGUGCGAGACUGCGGCCCAGAACUGCGAGUGGUGCCCGCCCCGCACGAGCUUCCAGCAGGGAGAGAGUGGACCGAGGCAGUGCUCUCGGCGAUAGACGUCGCCACCGCCGUGGUCGCUGUCGCUCCAACUUUUUGGGCUGACGGGGCCCGGCUUGACCUCACCAGGAUCGGCCGGCGGUGUCGCGAGGUGGGCGCAGCAUUGGUGGUCGACGGCACGCAGAGCAUAGGCGUCGUGCCCUUUGAUGUCAGAGAGGUUCAGCCAGACUGGCUCGUCUGUGCUGGGUACAAGUGGCUGCUGUGCCCAUACGGCAUCUCGUUCUUGUACGCCGCUCCGCGCUUCUACGAGAGCGAGGUGGGGCCACGGGGCCUGGAGGAGAACGGAUGGGACAGCGCCAGUUCCGGGAGGGCGAAUGCCAUGUGGGGACUCCCGGGCGGCGAGGACGACGACGGACGAUUGGAUUUACGCCAAGUUUGCCGGGCGUCUCGCUUCGACGCAGGUCAGAGAUGUGGUAGUUGGUCGACGCUGCCUGCUGCCAUCGCAGCCUUGGAGCAGCUGAUGGAGUGGACGCCCGUGGCCGUUUCCGAAGCACUCGAGCGCCUUACUGCCAAGGCGAUCUACAUGGGCAAUCGCCGUGGCUUGAUCGCCCCGGACAGUCGGCUGCCCCACAUGGUCGGAUUGCGAACUGCCGACGGGGAUUGGGGCUUGGGCUUGGUUUCGCGGCUUUGGGAGCGUCAUCGGGUGCAUGUGUCUAUGCGCCUCGGGUCGCUUCGCAUAUCGCCACACGUAUACAACACUGGCGAGGACCUCGAAAGGUUGUUCACCGCCUUGGACAGAGAGACUGGAUCUGACGAGUAGCAUCGUUUGUUCGACUUCUGGGCUGGUAUGGGCAUGUCACGAGUUCACACAGUUCUUGUACGACUCACUGCCUCAGCGAAAAAAAAGAUGGCCCAAAAGGGCCCCAGGAACGCCCCCC